AUGCCACAAUCUUCUACACUCCCAUUCAAAGACAAAGAUAAAAUGAAUAAUCCUAAAUUAAAUACUACAAAGACAAACAACGGUGACCCUAAUCAACGGACAAUCCAACUUAGUAAAAAUAAAUCAACUGCUACGAAGACUAUUCACGCCUCUGAUGUAAUGGAUACUUCAAAUAAUGAUAACUCGUCGUCGGACGGAUGGAUCUCAUCUACGUAA